GAAAGGGAAAAAAAUGUUGAACUCCACCUACUCUAUCUGUGCCUGCAAUUCAGAGCCAAGCACAGGGAGUGAAAGACAGGGAAAUUUAUUUCUAAUGCACACCAGUGCUUGGAGCAGCAGCAGGGAGAGUGAGAGCAAGGGAAGAGGAUCUGUCUCUCUUCCACCCACAGUAACCAUCUAUUAAGGGAAUCUGGAUUUGCAUCAGUUCUGCUGUGUGAUUGGGAACUGCAGGUUAAAUAAGAUUACACAGAUCACUGGGGAUUGAUGGUAAUAUUAUUGACACUUACAGUGGGGAGUUUAUACCAUCCUCAUUCAGACUUGACUGGGUGAUAUUCAUUGUGCAUGGUGAUACACCUGCAGCCUUUCAGUAACAUGUAUCCUGCUUUGGCUUUUCAUUCUCUCCAGAUCCACCCAUCCUCAUAGCAAUCAAGUAUUAAGGCAAUGUUUUUUCACUUCAAGCAUCCUCUGUGUUUUACCGGUCUCUCAUAAGGGUUGUGGGUUUUUUUUUUGGUGUUUCCCUUGGCCUCUCUUGGGAUUUCUUCUUUAGCUUUACUUUCCACUGGGCUCCAUGCUGGAAAGCAAAAUUGCACGCUUUGGUAAUUGCCUGUGUCGAUGUACUUAGAAGCAUUAAUUUGAAGCAUAUAUGUAAGAGAGAAAACAUCGCUCUAAUUGAGGAGUCUCUAAGAAAUAACCCCCGGCAAAGGAAAAUUCGACUUGGAGAAGAUAGGAAAAUUAUUGUUUUCUAUGGUUAAAUUGGUACCCUUGUUUUGGAAAACUGAUCUCAAUCUAUUAUUAUGCAACAACAAGGAUAUCUUCCUUCUCAGGGUGUCUAAGCUGCUGGAUUGCUUUUCGCCCAAAUCAAUGUGGUUUCUUUGGAACAUUUUCAGCAAAGGAACGCAUAUGCUGCAGUGUCUUUGUGGCAAGAGUCUUAAGAAAAACAAGAACCCAAGUGAUCCCCAGCUCAAGGGCAUAGUGACCAGGUUAUAUUGCAGGCAAGGAUAUUACUUGCAAAUGCACCCAGAUGGGACUCUUGAUGGAACAAAGGACGACAGCAGCAAUUCUACAUUAUUCAACCUCAUACCUGUGGGUCUUCGUGUUGUUGCAAUCCAAGGAGUGAAAACAGGGUUGUAUAUAGCAAUGAAUGGAGAAGGGUACCUCUACACAUCAGAGCUUUUUACACUGGAAUGCAAGUUUAAGGAGUCGGUUUUUGAGAAUUAUUAUGUUAUCUAUUCAUCUAUGAUAUACAGACAACAAGAAUCUGGUAGAGCCUGGUUCUUAGGUCUAAAUAAAGAAGGACAAGUCAUGAAAGGAAACAGAGUCAAGAAAACAAAACCAGCAGCUCAUUUUCUACCCAAGCCAUUGGAAGUUGCCAUGUACCGUGAACCUUCAUUGCAUGAUGUUGGAGAAACAGUGCCAAAAGCAAGAGUGACUCCAAGUAAAAGCACAAGUGCAUCUGCAAUAAUGAAUGGGGGCAAACCAGUGACCAAGAGUAAGACAUCAUAGCUAUACCCUCAAGGGUGUUGUGACUUACCGAGCCCUCGGCACACUUGAGUGUUUUAUCCCUACCAGACUGUCCUAUUUCCAGUGUCUGUCAACCAAGUGAAUAUGCACUGGCUCUUCGCUGUUUCUAAACCAACAUGUUGAAGGUGGAUAACUCUCAGUGUGUAGCUCCUCCCACAACUAGAAGAUACCUGGGAAACCAGCUAAACUCAGACCAUGGAAUGCCCUACCAGAUAUGGAAUGCCUUUUUAAUAUCUUUUCUGUGACUGUGACACUUCAUGUGAAUGACAUAUUUCACAAGUACACUUGAUACCUUGCCUGCUGAAAAUUAACCCCCUUUUGAAUCCAAUUACAGCGAAAUCCAUGUGUUUAAGUUCUAUUUUGUAGCACACAAAUAUUAAGUAAUUUCUAGUUAGACGCUGUAAAACUGCGCUAUUAUGGAUUUCUCUAACCUUUUUUACAAGGCUGCUUGCACCACUGUCUGUGACCUUUUGCAGGGAUUGUGUUCCUCUAGAACUUGAAUGUUUCAGGUGGCUCACUUCUGAAAGCAAUCAGGGAAGCCUUCAAACAGCUAUUCUAAAUACGUCUAAAUAGGACUUAAGUACUGGUCAAGUGUGAAAACAUUUUUAGCAACAGAUACUGCUAAAAUUGGCAUAAUAGUAGAGGGCAAAAUGUCAAACACAACCAGUGCAAAUGAGGCCAAGAUUUGUGUUUGACACCCCCUAUAUGUUCCUUUUUGUGUGUGUUUUAUACAUAUCACAAGCUUUCUGGUAAUGGUAACAUUUGCCUUGCCCAGCGAGCAAGACCCACUUGUUUUUUAAGAUGGUGGGUCCAUAGAACUCUGUAGGCCUUGUAGGCCUGAAUUAUGGCUCAUUUUUCAUCUACAAUUCCUCAUAAUUUGAAAAUAAAAAAUGAUUAACAAGGAUUUCGCUACCUACAGUAUGUCUGUUUUGAAAAAGAAAAUGGACAUCCCCAUUUUUACUGAGCUCAGAUUUAAGGUUAUUCUCAUCUCUGGCAGUUCCUUAAAUAUCAUAUAGCUAAGCAUGGACAUGUUGCUUGUUUACCCCCUCCCUUAACAUAUACUUUUUUUUUCUUUUGCAACAGCAAUGCAAGUGGUAAAUAAACCUCUGAAUUGAUAUCUUCCUAUUCAAUAAAAACUGGACACUAACUUUAGCUAAGCAUGCAAUGUCCAGUUCUCUUAAUUUUUUUUUUUAGCAAAUCCUACAUAAUUCGUACAUAGAGCUUUCAGGAAAUAGAAUUCAUAAGUUUAUGGUGCCUUGCUUAGGUUGCAGUGUAUUUUACACAAAACCAACUUUGUGGAACCAGAACAUACAAGCAAAUCAGUCAUUAGGUGCCUAUGGUGAUCACCCACAAAAAAGAGUUUUAACAAUGGCAUUGGUUUUUCUACCUAAAUGUUGAAAGUGCAAACAGAAUAUUGGAAAGUGUGGAUAUACUGUGAACAGUAGGCUCUUGAAAUCAGAGUAUUUGCAGCAUAUGAUUCCCGUAAAAAUUAACAUUGGACCAAAAUAAAGUCUUCACACCUUGGAGGGAAAUUAUCAUGUCAUCACAUUAACAUUUUAAUGUGGGUCUCUAUAAAAGGUCUGGCGUUAGGAAUGCUAUCAAUUUACAUUUUCAGCUUGCUGUUAAAGUAAUCAUACAUUCUAUCAUAAGUUUUUAUUCUUGGUGGAAAAUAGACUGAGAUUGCUCUGACAAAGCUAACCACCAGUAUUUCAACCUAAAUCGAUCUGUAGAUGGAAAAAAAAACAUGCACAUUGUCCCAAUUUAAAUAUAUAUAUAUAUAUAUAUAUAUAUAUAUAUAUAUAUAUAUAUAUUUUAACUACUACAGUUGGAAUUAGUAAAAUUGUACUGUUACUUUAAAAAAAAUAAGACUGGUAUUUUCCCUUUAAAGUGAAACCGACUGAUUUAUUUUCAGAAACGGGUAAUGUUUGCUUUUUUCUUUUGCACUCUGCUAGGUAAUUGUACUGUCAUAGCUUAUAAUUCAGAAUAUUAUACAAACUUAUACUUUUACCUCCAUCGGAUCAAUAUUUAUCAUAUUUAUAAUGUCAGUUUUUUUUUAUUAACCCCUUUUUUCAAAAUGAUGUAAGAAAUGGGCAGUGCUCUGAAUGUUGAUGGAUCCAUUUGCUGUGCAGCUAAAGUCACCUGAUAACAAGUCCAAUGAGCAACUGCAUCAUUGUCAUGUUGAGCUCAUGUCAGGCAAGUACUUCUUGUUCUUUCAUGGAUAACAAGUAAAGCACAUUAGCAGGCAUUCAGUACUAAGUUCUUCAAACAAGAAAUGAGCAAAUUUAUGAGUUGAGUCAAAUUGCACAACAUUGUUUGUGAUGUGUUUGGGGCUGGUGUCCCAAAGUCAGAAACACAUUCCCGGUGCAUUGUCAUCAUAAAGCUCUACAUGCAGGGCCAAGUGCCCUAGAAACCAGUUGACUGGUUCAAAUUAAGGCUGAAUUUAUUUUUGUAAAUGAUUAAUAGGUUAGGUAAGUGUAACACCGACGUUAUUUCCUAUCAUAGUUUAUACAGAUUAUCUGUAAGAGUAUUUAUUUUUUUGAACGGGUGUCCUACAGCAGUUUUCCUCUGUAGUAUGUUCACUCACAUGCCAGAGGUCUUUGUUAUCUGUGCUCUUAUUUUGCUCUUCUCUUAAGUCCAAUGUCUCAUCUGUUGCAUGGGAAGAGGAUGACGAUGAUCUGCAUGUAGUAAGCUAUGUGUAUCAAGAAAUGUUGGUAUGUAUUACUAAUUUUACAUACACACAGUAUAUGCAAAGCGUUUGUCUGCAUUGUAUAGUUUAUGUGUUUAAAAUCAUUUGUUGUAUACAUAAUGGCAACAUAUUGAAUAAAAAUAUUUAUAUUACAAGAUAACAAAAACCAUUAACCAGUCAGUAUAUAAUAUGUUGGUGGAUUGCACUGUUCACAAAUUAAGAAAGGGAAAAAAAAGUACUGUGCAAAUCAAACGCAUUUAUUGUCCCCUAGACGUACCAAAGAGUGGUUUAACCUUGUGGUUAUCUCCGAUGUCAUGUGUCCAGGACAACACAUCAUUUCUGUCCAUUGAAAAAAAAGAAUUAUUCUGGUCAUCUUUAUGAAAAGGUUUAAAUAUAGAAAAGAUACAAACGAAAAAGUGAACCAAGUUGACCGUGUCUCAGUUACUGCAUAGAAAUGUGUAUUGCUCAUUGUUUCCAACUUUAGCUUAUAUACUUAGACUUUGUCACUGAGGUGACAAAGUCUAAUUGUCAGGAUUUACUCUCAAACCAAUCAUCACGAACCUCCCCAGUCAUUAAUACUGAAUUCUUAAGAUUUACAAAAUUAUUUUCAUGGAUUUUAUCAUUUAAAUAUUUCUUUACAUUAUAUAGUGGUAUUUGUUUUCUCAGAGUUUUAUGUGGUACUUGCUAAUUCCUAUAGUAAAAUUAGGCUUAGGGGUUUUUUAUUAAUGUUUGUAUUUUUUUUUCCAUGAUUCAAGUUUUUUUUUUGUGCUAAAUAUCAUGAAUUGAAAUAAUAGUUUUAAAAAGUCUUUAGCAUCUAAAAGCUUGCAAGGUCACGCUGAAGGCAAUAUUUGAACUAUUUAGUCAAUUAGAUUUUUUUCAAAACAUUUUUGAGCUUUUUAACCCAUUAAAAUUGAUGAGAAAAAUAUGAAAGCAAGUUUUUUUUAUGUAAUUCUAUUUUUUUUUAUUUGGAUUUUUUAAUAAUGUAACAUUUGUGUUUUUUGUUUUUAAUUUUAAUUAAAUAUAAAAAUAUCACAAAUACAAAUGUUGAUAAAUAACCCCCCAAGGGUAAAGCCACAUAUACGUUUUUCCACCGGUAAUUUUUUGAAAGCGAAUCCUUUGGAACAAGUCUUCACGGGGAGACCACAAACAAGUUGGUGCCAAAGUAACAACAACCGCCAAAUUGACUGCUUUCAUCAUCAAAUGUAGUUGGCCACUUUUUCUUCUAAGUGACAAUCAUAUUAAAAGAAUUGUUGCCUAUUGAAAGAACAGUAGUUAUCUGCAGAAAAAACAGAAAAGUGGCCGUCGCAAUAAUUUCAACACUGUGGGUGACAAAGAAACUCUGGGUAAAGAAAAAGAAAAAAAAGGAUGAAAGAGAAUAGCAAUUACUAAAAUCACAGGGCAAAACUACUUGUGUGGCCUUUACCUAAAUGGAUGAAAACAAUAUGCUUAGCAGGAGAAAUGCUACAAAUACCCAUUACCCGUUUUCUUUUUUUCAUUUUUUAAUUAAUAAAUUUGCCUGUUGGUUUCCAGUUCCUUUUUCUGAGAUGUAAGAAGUUGCCAUAGCUGACUUUGCACAAGAGAGAAAAAUGUGAAAUUCCGGAGAUUUACAUUAUAAACUAAUAUACAUUUUUAAAGUGUAGGAGGCAGUCACUGUUAUACUAUCACUCAUGCGUUGUACCAGUUACUAUGUAUGUGUGUGUAUAUUUAUAUAUAUCUAUAUAUAUAUGUACAGUAUAUGCACGCCCAGACAUAAAUUUUAUUUAAAAACAAUGUCAAAUAAUAUAUGUCAGUAAUUGAACCCAUUUAUAAAAAUAGGCCAAAAUCUAGGUACCUUGCUAACCAUCACUCACAUGGGGAUGAAAAGAAUUUCAUUUUUUUUUAAAAAGGGCAAUGGCAUCCACUUGUCCUAGACUAUAUUUAGCACAUAGAUCAAAGAUGAUGGGAAAAUGAAAUGCAAAAGAAUAAAGGCAAAUUUCUGUUACAUUUUAUAUGCUGCAUUAUAAUAUUUUCUACUCAUGUGUCCCAUUUUAUAUCAGUUUCUGUUUUUAAAUAGUUAGAUAAGCAUUAAAUAUUAUUCACAGUGAUGUCCUUGACCCAACAUGGCUUAUUCUCUUAAACAGAGAAAGUAUCAGAGUAGUAUUACUUCGUAUGCCUCCUGAUACCCCACAAGAUCAGUAAUAGUACAUGACAAAUUUGCAUUGUUGGUUUAUCUAAUAUGGCAAACCCUAAGCUUGUUCAUAAAUAGGGAUAUAGUCAUAGCACAAAGCAUUUCUUAGUGGAGCUCAAGUGUACUUGUUUUAUUUCAUUUCUAACAGAAUUUUGUUAUUUUAUUUUUCAUUAACUUGUGUAUUACUUUCUGCUAAAGCUCUGACUUGACCAGUCAAAGGACGUCUGCAGCUGAAAUAAAACACAUUCAUCUGAUUAUAGGACACUGAAUGUUAAAGAAAGUACAUUAGUUGAAAGUACAUUAUGUUGAGAGCUGUACAGUACUUAUGUUCAACAAAAGGCACCACCUUGAAUUUUCAGUCAUUGCUCCAAGGUUCUUUGUGGUGGAAUCUGCUCACUGCCGAGUGCCACACAUUUAGGCAUACAGUGCCCAGGUACCAUCCACUAAAGGGCAAAACACUACCAGGGAGCUUGCAGAGAUUUCAGCAGCUGGUGGAUGGAAGUUGACUUUUGCCAGAGAGCUUAUUUAAGGUUUUAUUUUCAUUUUCAAAGUUUAAUCUUCUAUUAUCUUGUUAUCUGUUAAGUACAACCACACAUAGAAUUUACAAAAGUGAGAGAGAGUGGUGUAUGCAUUACAAGCAUACUAAGAAUUAAAGAAACAUCAUGGACUGGACUAGGUAUGUAACACUUCUGAUGUGAGUUAGAAAUAUUAUAGAAUCAUUUGUAAGAUAAUGCUUAAAGACUUUAACCUACUAAGAAGGUUCUAAAGAAUCAACUGCAAUCUAGUCUUAUUACCAGCAGAGUAGCAUUACUUUACAUGAUCUAAACAAAAGAAGAACUCACAACAAAUACCUAGAAUCCAGUUUCCAGGGAAAAAGGAAAUUAAAUUCUGUGUAAGUUGUUAGUUUUUGGUGCCCUUUGAUAAAUAGUCCUUUUUUUAAAUAUAUGAUCAACUAACCCCAGGAUUAAAAAGGAUAAUAAAGCAAUAUUUUAUAUGUAAAAAUGGUCACAAUAAAUACUUUAUUGUGAAACUUGUGUUGCCAAAAUAAAAUAUACAUUAAUUCGAAUUGCCUUAGAGAAGGGAUCUCAAGCUUGGGCUGUCCAGCUGUCGUAAACUACAAGCUUCUAGCGUGAAGGCUGAAGGCCGCCUGAUGCUCCUGGGCCACAUGUAAUGUAGGCUCUUACUAUAUUUCAGUGAAUGAAUUAAUAUGUAUGACACUGGAGUUCUGACAAGUGGAUUUCCUGUCAGUGGAUCAGUGCAAAGCAGUCAUGGGAUAUCUUACAUACAGAAGUAUCCAGCAUAAUACUGCUUCCUUGUUGACAUAUUCAUAUGUUAAAAUGGAAUAUGCGAGUUGCAUUCUCCAACUUUGUGGAGCACAAGCUUUAGCUUCCCCAGUACAGUAGCUGACGGUUCCUUGUUACAAAUUGAUGAACAUUUACAACUGGAAUGGUCCUGUAUUCAAGCAAUCUUACAGUUGAAUUCAAAAUGAGUAUAUCAAUGAAAAUAACAAGUGUUGCACCCACUACAGUGGCAAUAGAUUGAAACCAAAACAUUCACGCAAUGCAGGCUACAAUGACAGUGCUCUAGUUGGGAGUCUCUUGUAGAAGGGGUCUUGCUUGUAGCACUCUUUUUUAACCAACAUAAAGCUGGCAUCUAUAUUCGUUGGCAAUAUGUAAUAAAAAGAAGAGGCUAUAUUUUCAUUUGGUUAUCCUUAUAGGAUUAUAAUGGUGCAUUUUUGCAGAUUGAAUAUUGUUUUCCUAAAAUCCUGGGUUCAGUCUUUUUUAAUUUUGUUUACUAUUUGUUUUCAAGGUACAUUAUUUAUCAUAUUUUUCCUUUUAUUGGUAAUUAGAAUUGCUAUCAUGCAAUUCUAUCAUAUCAAGUACACAGAAUUGCCACAUCUACUAUCUUGGGUAAGCAUGCUAAUGGUCAUUAUACAAAGUUGCUUUUUAUGUAAAGCACCCACCAUAUGGUAGUCUGGGUCAUGUAAGUGCUGUCCUGCAUCUCUUCAUCCAGUAGCAUUUCCUCGGGUUACUUUUAAUUUGAUUAAACAUAUAUGCAUUGUUCUUCUUAACCCUUAAGGCGACACAGUAAGGUCACCAACAGGGUCCUUUUAGAACCUGAUGUAUCUUUGCAGCACCGAAUAAACUGAAAAGUGCAUUUGCAUGUAAUCUUUCAGGUGUAGAGAAUGAACCAUGAAGCUGCGAUAGUGCCUGUUGGGAUGUCCCCAAUUAAAAGUGCCCUGAAUACAACUUCUACAUUUUAAUGACUUUAUCAUUUCCAACCCAAUAAUGUCGAAAAAAUAUUUUCAAUUCUAAAAUGUUUAACAUAUGGGACAUACAGUAUAUCAGAUGAAUUUAUUUCUAUUUACCAGCCAUGGCUUUUGACAAUUUAAUAUUUGAAAAAAAAAAAAGCAUUUUUAUCAUGUGUGCCAUAGUGAAAUAGAUAUUUUGGUCCAUUCAAAUGAAAUGUUUGUUGGGUUAUUACAGCUGAGUAAUGAGGUGACUAUUCAACUGUAAUAAAAUGUGAUUUCAAACAUGUUAACAUGUUCAUAUUUUACUCUGAACUGUUAGAAAGAGAGUUUGGUUUUCUAAAGCCAAUAACAUUUGUUCAUUUUAAUAAAAAGGUUCCACCUGCAA